AUGGCCAGCGAGGAGAAGAACCCAGAUUCCUGGCCCGGGGGUCUGCACCUCAAAAGCCCUCCUUAUACCCUUCAUUCCAGCCUGGAGCUAACCCAGCCCCCCGGAGCCUCCGGCCGCAGACUGGUCAUCCUGACGGUGGGUGCCAUCUCCGUCCUGACCGUCAGCCUGGUGGGGGUCCUCCUGGCCACCUACCUCACAAGGGCUGCCUGCACCCAGAGGGACCCUUUCGGCUACUUGCCUCCCCAAGUCAACGUCCAGAACGAAGCCUCCCUCUUGCUGGCCCUGAGUGAAUUGGGGGAGCAAGGCAUGGUGCCGGGAAUCACGUGCGACCUUAGAAACCACCUGAUGGUCUACCAUGGCCAGCCAGAAGGGUGUGUGGCCCGCAAAAUGGACCCCUCCGAGCCACUGCCUUCGUGCCAAGAUCUGGAGAUCUACUUCCAAGGUGUCUUGAAAAAUGCCACGCUGGGCAUCGCUUUGGACGUGCAGCUGAUGGGUCCUGGGUCCCUGGGCAGUUUGGCCGCUCUGCUUUGCAGCAACAAACCCACCUACAUGGUCAGCAGUUUCAUCUCUUCGCCAAGGCACUCCACGGACAGACUGGCAUAAAUCGAGUGAGAAAGAUCUCCAAGCGGCUGCAACUGACCCUUUAGUUCUCCUUCCUUCCCCGAAAAUCCUGAUGUGGGAGAACACCACAACACUGGUGUUUGGUGCACACUUACACACCUAUCAUUUCUGGUUUCCUACUUGAUGCAAGAAGGCAGUCAAGAUUCAGUUCCUCUGCAGACCCAAAGUUUGGGUUUUCCCCUCUCCUUCUUGUUCCUUGACCCAUCAAUAACUAAAUCAAUAGAAAUUAAAAGAAAUGAAGAUACG